UUAAUGAUACUAUAUGGCAGUGAAGUGAAAUACUCAAAAUCGCAUCAACACAGAAGUACGAAUUAAGCAACAGCUGAACGCUUCAGUUAAUGGUGCUCACGUUUUUCCAGGCGGCAUUGUUCUUCGCUGUCUUCCUCAAUUCGACCAACUGCUAACUGUUCGACGAAAUGCCUGAACGAUGCUAUCUCUCACAGCUCACGCCCAAAUCCCAACCUCAAACAUCUGCGUCGCUUGCUUCAACUCUCGUCUCUCCCCCGUCCUCAUUUUCGUGUCGAACUCCAACAAAUUCCUAAACUUCAGUUUCCAGUUGAACGAAGAGAGGCGAGCGCUCAAAUCAGGGAUUAAUCUCGACAGGUCUUGGUGUUGCGGGUCCCACCAGGGCGACGGAGAAGUGGAAUUGGAGGCGGAGAUAAUGAAUUUCAUGGCGAAGUCGGAGAAACCUUCCAUGUUCCCGACGAAGGAGGAGUUGGUGAGAGCUGGGAGAUUCGAUUUGGUGAGAGCUAUAAAGAAGAGAGGCGGGUGGUAUUCUCUUGGUUGGGACGACAAAAAUGCGGAGGAAACAACCGAUUCUGAUAUUGCAGAGUUCCACAGGAGAAUUGAGAGUUGUAAUCAGAGUGCUUCCUCGAGUUUCUUUGGUGAUGGUAUCGUAAACCCUAGUUCGCAGCUCCCUGGUUCAUCCUUAUUGGAAACAUCACAGCAACUUGCUGCUGAUGUGGACUCGGGGAUUGAUGGAAUAUUGAGUAGAUUGGAGAAGCAGAGGAACAAUGAGUACUCGGGUAUCAAGUUAGGGGAAGAUGGGUAUGAAGCUCAAACCAAAAGUGAAGAUGAGGGAAACGACAUGCAUUCAGAUACCCCCUUAGGUUUCAGUAAGUUUUUUCUUGCUGGUGGGAAGGAUCAUGAAGAAAACAUCAGACCAAGGCCUGCUUACAACAUUAGUCAUUAUACUGAACCAGAAACUUGGAGAAGUUGGCUGGAUAGACGAGCAGGGUUCCCACUUACGGAGUUUGAAGCUGCAGAGAUUUCAUUUGAAAAAAAUCCUGCUGAUACUAAUAAAGAGAGCUAUCAUGAUGGAAUAACUGUAACCACUAAGGAAUAUGCUGAAGACAUGGAUGAACACAAAGAGAUCAAUUACAAUGAAAUACAAACUCGUCUUCAGGAUCUAGAAUCUGAGCUCACAACAGCUCUUCGCUCCAUUAGAUCUGAACGGGAAGAUAGUAUUUCGAAAGAGGUAACUGGAGGUUCUACUGAUUUGCAGUCUCUUUCUGAUGCUGUGGAGUUCCAAGAGAAUGAAGUCAUGAGUGCGAAACAGCGACUAAGGUCACUAAGAGCAAAGCUGGCUGUAGUAGAGGGGAAAAUGACAUUAGCGAGAAUUGAAGCACAAAAGAUAAUAGAAGUGAAGAAGAGACGGAUAGGUGAUGCUCGUAGAUCUUUGCAACUUCUUCGAACCACCUCCAUAGUAUGGCCUAAUUCAGCCGCAGAGGUAUCCUUAGUAGGCUCUUUUGAUGGCUGGACAACUCAGAGAAGGAUGCGGAGAUCAAAGUCAGGCAUGUUCUCGAUAACCCUGAAGCUGUAUCCGGGCAGAUACGAGAUCAAAUUCAUAGUUGAUGGAAAAUGGAAACUCGAUCCUCUGCGCCCUAUCGUUAACAACAAUGGACAUGAAAAUAACCUUUUCAUUGUUACAUGAAUCUGUACAGAAUUUAUGGCAGUUCUAAGUAGAAAGAUGCACCAAAAAACUGGUUGGUAUACUGUUUGUAAGCUCUAGGAAAUUCAUUUCGAUUCUUUCUAGUGUUUUUUUUGGUGGAGAUGUAUUGUGUGGUGAUGCACACAUUUUUGAGAUUCUUUUAUAAGGUAAUCUUAGUAAUGUUGCAUUUUA